UAAAAAAAAAAGAAGAAGAAGAAAGACUUACCCAAUAGUUGUGUUUAGUGUAUAUUACGACUGAAGAUGUGCAUUGCUUUCUUAUUCCAUAUUUUUUAGGCAACAUGAGACGGACUAUUUAAAGAAAAGACAUCAACAGGAAGAAAGGGACAUUGUAGCUGUUUAAAUGAUGGGAUGGUUUGAGUAUGUGACGAUUGAAACGUGGAAGUCGUAUAUAAAUUUGUCUCAUUUUCUUCCUUUGCACAAGAAAAGUCAGGCUGCAGAUUAAAGCCGAGUAAAACAAAAGAAGAGAAAGAGACGAGCUUAAUGUGCCUCCAAUACAGAAAUAUCGAACUGAGUUGAAACCAAAGUGGUCAGGAAAGAAGAGAAAAUAACCGAAUGUGUAACCAGUGCAAAACAUUUCAGAAUUUCAGGAGUGUUAACGCCAAAAGGAGCUCAGUGUGCAUCCAAUAAAAGUAAAUAAUAAGUAAAGCUCGGGACAUCGUAAGUGAAGCUUCAAACAUAGUACCGAAGCUUAAAACUCAGUAAGUGAAGCUUGAACCACAGGAGAGAGUCGCAGGAUGUCACGGCUUUCCAGAGAAUCAUUAACGGAGGGAAGGAGGAGGUGGCGAUGGCGGCGGCUGUGGUGGCGGACACAUGCAGCAGAAGGAGGAGGAAGAUCGCUAGUGUGGUAUGGAAGCGCUCCGGGGAACUCCUGGUCGUGGCUGCUGGUGGUGGCGGCCGUGGUGGUUCUCCUGGCUGCUGGCGGUCAUGCUAGGAAGGCUAACCGGGUCUUGUGGGGACGCGGGCCUCUGAUGGGUCUGCAGCAAGUUAUGGGCGGCUCUGAGGCUGGUGUGGCGAUGACGGACUGGAUGGUAGUCAAUAGGGAGGGGGUGAAGGAGGACGCGGUAGAUGUGACAGUGAGAGAGAACGAAGAGGAGGAAGAUGAGGUGAAAUAUGUGAUAGGGGACGUAGAUAUGACAGAGAGUGAUGUGGAGGAGGAGGAGGACGAGAAAUUGCGCGUUGUAGAUGUGGAUCUGAUAGAGAAAGAAGAGGAGGAGGAGGAGAAAAUGGACUUUGUAGAUGUGGAUUUGAUAGAGAAAGAAAAGGAGGAGGAGGAAAAUGAGGAUCUGGAAGAAGAGGAAUUAGAAGAUGAUGGAGUGGUAAAGAAAGUUAUGGAUGUGGUUAAAUCGGAGGAAGAGGAUAAUGAGCAUAUUGGAGGAGGAGAAGAAGAAGAAGAAGAAGAGUUGUGGAAGAGGGAGGAUGAAGAUGAGAAAGAGGAGGAGAGGGAAGAAGUUAUAAUAAAAACUAAAAGCAAUCCUCCUCGAACUAUAAUCUGGAACGAGAAAAUUACAGAUGCCGGAAAAGAAGAAGAAGAUGAUGAAGAUGCAGAAGAAGAAGAAGAAGAAGAAGAAGAAGAAGAAGAAGAAGAAGAAGAAGAAGAAGAGGAAGAUGACGAGGAACACUAUCACCGUAACCACCGCCACCAACACCAAUACCCCCAACAUCAACAACAACAACAACUACAACAACGACUAGAAAAACACAACCAUAACCACAACCACAAGAAACAACCACAGCACCAAAACCACCAACAAAAGCAACCCAACCACCACCACCACCAACAACAACAACAAGAACCCACUCACCACCACAACCCCAGCGAUGACCCGAAGACCCGCCGCGACAAGAUCCUGAAGGCCCUCAUGUCGAACGAGUACAACGAACUGGACAUCUUCGGGGUCAUUGUGGUGCCCGUGGUGGCCGGUCUCGUCCUCUUCAUCGGCUACUCCAUCCUGGGCACGCCGGCACGGGAGCAAGCUAGGCCCAGAAGGGCCAAGACACCGCGCCGCCUGACCCUGCCUCCCAUGCCGCCCUUGCCGCCAACCCUGCCACCAUGCCCCAUUCCACCCCCUCCUCCUGUGACCCUUCCCCUAUAUGCCCAACUCCUAGCCGCUCUUUCCCUUUUCCCUCACCCUACGCCUCGUGCUCUCCCUUGCUCUCCUCCUCCUCCGCCUCCUACACCCCUUGUAGCUUUCCAGGGGCAUGGGGGAGCGGAUAUCUUCCCUUGGGGCCCUUAACAGUGAUGGAGGGCCGCGUGAAGACGAAGGGAAAGCAGAUGAAGAGCGCCUCGGAGGUCCGGCCCGGCGGUUUUGGUUCCAGUGGGUGAAUGACUGCCACUCCUGACGAAGGAAAACCAGCGACAGGCCAAGAACCCCGAGGAGGAGGAGGAGGAGCAGGAGGAGGAGGAGGAGGAGGAGGAGAAGGAGGAGGAGGCAAUCUUUUAACGUGACAAGAUAGAGGAAUCAACGAAAGAAAAAGAGGAAGAAAAAGAAAAAGAAAAAGGAGAAGGAGAAGGAGAAAGAAGAAGAAGAAGAAGAAAAAAAAGUUGAAGAAGAAGAAGGAGUAGGAGGAGGAGGAGGAGAGUAAAAAGGAGAAGAAGAGGAAGGAGAAGAAGAAGAAGAAGAAAAAUAGGAGAAAAACGGAGGAGGGGGAGGAAGAAAACAGAAAACAAAGAGGAAAGAGAUUCACAAGGGACUUCAAGCACACCAAGACACGGAAAAUCAAAUCCAAGAGGGAGAAUAAUAAUAAUAAAAAAAAAAAACUAUUACUCUG